AUGAAGGAAGGGAUUCUCUUCACAUUGAUCCAAUUCUAUGAUCCCUUGUAUCAUUGUUUUACCUUCCCUGAUUAUCAACUUUUACCAACCUUGAAAGAAUAUGCAUGUAUCAUAGGAUUGCCCAUUACUGGAAGGAUUCCCUUUACUAGUUUGGAAGAAGAUACCAAGAUUCAUGACAUUACAAAGUUCACCCACUUAAGGAAGGAUGAAAUUGAGAAGAAUAUGGUUACCAAAGGAGGAUUACCUGGGUUACCUGCUCAGUUUUUGAUAGAGAAAUCUCUCACCUUUUCAAAGGAAAGAAAGGUGGAUGACUCUGAAGCUGUCUUUGUCCUGCUUGUCUAUAGAUUGUUCUUGUUCCCAAAUAUUGACAACUUUGUUGAUAUGAAUGUAAUUAAAGGAAACCUUGUUCCUACUUUGCUUGGGAAAACUUACUAUUCCAUUCACUUGAGAAAUUACUAUGGAAAGGGAAUGAUCACGUGUUGUACUCCUUUGCUAUACAAGUGGAUGAAGACCCUGGAUAGUUCUGGUGAUUUUCCUAAUGUACCUUUUCUUGGUACAAAGGGAGGAAUCAAUUAUAGCCCUGUUUUAACUCGUCGUCAAUUUGGUUUUCCUAUAGAAAAAAGACCAAAGAAUAUCUUAUUAGAUGGAUUCUUCUUUGAAGAAGGGAUAGAAAACAAAGAGUUUAGAGAAUGGAUUGCUAAUGUUUGGCAUCCAAGUCAUAGAAAAUAA